AUUUCCUCCCCAUUUGUCACUCUCAUCUACAGCAGCUGGGAAAAUCCAUGGACAGUUUUGAUUGCUUAAUUGAAGUCUUCACAGUGGAUGUGGUCAUCAGGACAAGGGCAUUCACCUGCUUCCAGCUCUGCUCGGAGAAAGGAACUGUUGUCAUUCCACAUCUGGCAAGAACCCGGCAUUGCAUCCACAUCACCACAACUGCUGGAAAGAAUCUGUGAAAUGUAACCAGUGAUUGACCUCCAAACCACCGAUACCAGGAGGAGACCCAUUGAAGAGCUGGUGACGGAAUCUGCAGAGAGAGAGACACCCAUCCACUUCCGAGGGGCGGCAGGGAAUGACCUGACUCCUGCUCCCCUGAGGGUAAUGAUCUUCCUCCAUGCCUCUUGUUGUGCCCCAUUUGCCUAUCAGUGGCCUGAACUACAUCACUGAGAUCUCUACAGGUUCUGUUGAGCAUGUCAAAUGCCAGCAUCUCUCAAAGUCUGGACCAAUGCAAAGAUUACAGCUCCAACCACCGGCUGCACCUGGUUGGGUACAGCUUGAUCUUUGUGGCAGGUUUGAUGCUCAAUGCUAUGGCACUCUGGGUCUUCCUUCGCUACCUGCACCUCAAGUCUGUGGUGAGCAUCUAUAUGUUCAACCUAGCAGUAAGCGACCUGCUCUUCACACUCUCGCUGCCACUACGGCUCUAUUACUACUCCAGCCAGCACUGGCCCUUUGGCAAUUUCCUUUGCCAGGUGUCUGGCUCCCUCUUCCAGAUCAACAUGUAUGGCAGCUGCCUCUUCCUCAUGUGCAUCAAUCUGGAUCGCUAUGUUGCCAUUGUCCACCCACUCCGCUGGCGCCACCUUCGGCGGCCCAAGUUGGCCCGGCUGCUCUGCCUGGUGGUGUGGGUGCUUAUCCUGGUGGGCUCUGUUCCGGCUGCUGGUGUACACAGGUCAAGUUCCUGCAUCAAAGGGAACCAGACCAUCGCUCUGUGUUUUGAAAGCUUCAGUGAUGGCCUGUGGCAGAAGGGCAUCUUCCCACUGGUCAUCCUGGCUGAAAUCCUGGGCUUCCUCUUGCCACUGACCUCUGUGACGUACUGCUCAAUUAGAAUCUUCCAGAAGCUAUGCCAGGCCAGCGAGACACAGAGCCUGCGCCAGCAGAAGACUAUCCGCCUGCUCGUGGUGAAUUUGGUGAUCUUCAUCAUCUGCUUCGUGCCCUACAACACAACUCUGGCAGCCUACGGGAUGAUAAAGGCCCACGUGAUCCAGGCUGAACCGCCAGUUCGGGACUCUGUGCGCCAGGUGCUUAUUGUCACAGUGCUGUUGGCCAGCAUGAACUGCUCUCUGGACCCCCUAAUUUACUACUUUAGCACUGAAGGUUUCCGUAACACCUUCAAGAAGCUCCGGCGGGGCCAAGCAUGGGACUCCGACACAGGGAUGGCCAAGACUCAGGUCACAAAGACAAAACUCUAUAGCACACGCUCCAGUCUAGAAGCAAAGCAGUACCCAGUCAAAAACUUCAUUCUCCCCAAUGAGGACUUGCCACUGGCUCCUAUCAAAAUAUUUUUGAAUGGCCCAAUUGAGGACUCUGAAAUAUAAUCCUGGAAGUCACAGGGUUGCUGAGUUAUAGGGUAGCCAUAAGAUGCCAGGAAGAUUGUGGGAGUUGGCUAGAGUGUAUGUACCCUGAUCAAACUGGAGAAGCUUAGUAGGGUGGUAAGGAAAUGUGAGGAUGGUAAACUUGGUGAUGCAAAACUAAAUAACAUUUUUUACAACAAAAUGAGAAAUGGUGGAGAAAUGUUUCUAAAACACUGUAUUCCACUACAGGGAAACAUACAGUGGGAAAUAUGUACCUAGAAAACACACACACACACACACACACUCUGCAAUUUUAUUUUGUUCUCUUCUACGUAGAUUCUUAUACCAUGCUCAUCAUUGCAGUAUCUGAGCGCACAUUUGUUGUAGAGGUCUCUAGAACACCAGAUAAGUUGUAGUUAGUGCUGAUGUACCUAAAACACACAUACUCCUAGAAUGUAUACUUAUUAAAGAUGUACUGAAGGUAAGAUUUUCAAAACUGGGAGCUAGAUGCACAAAGGAACUUAGAUCCUCCCGCUCCCCU